CCCGCAGUGGCCCAGGCCUUCCUCAGGCAGAGGGUCCAGAAGAUAGAAGGGGUCCACAACAGCAGCGGCAGUCCAGUCCCCCCACCAAGCAGGAGAGAAGGGCCGAGCUGGGGCACUGCCAGGACCGGGAGGCAACUCGGCCCCCCUGCCCCGGGAUCCCUGGGGAGGGGGCGUCCGGCGUCCCUCGAGGAUCACCCAUGGAAUCCCCCCAAGGAGACCCCCCGAGGAAAGAGUCCUCGGCCGAGGGCUUCGCCGGGGGCUGCUGGGCCGCCUUCUGGGACUACGAGACCCCCAAAGUGAUCGUGGUGAAGAACCGGAAUCUCGGCCUCAUCUACCGGACCGUGCAGCUCCUCAUCCUCCUCUACUUCAUCUGGUACGUGUUCCUCAUUCAGAAGGGCUACCAGGACCGAGAGACGGGGCCCGAGAGCUCCGUCAUCACCAAGGUCAAGGGCAUCACCAAGUCCCCGGGCAAGGUGUGGGAUGUGGAGGAGUACGUCAAGCCCCCUGAGGGGGGCAGCGUGUUCAGUAUCAUCACUCGGAUGGAAGUCACCAGAUCGCAGACCCUGGGGACCUGCCCCGAGAGCGCCAAGGCCCGCAAUGCCACGUGCCGCUCAGAUGCUGACUGCGUUGCUGGGGAGAUGGACAUGCUGGGGAAUGGCCAGAGGACAGGACGCUGCGUUCCCUAUUACUAUGGGACAGAGAAGACCUGCGAGGUCUCGGCUUGGUGCCCCGUGGAAGACGGAGCGGCUGUCAGUGAGUUCCUGGGGAAGAUGGCCCCCAAUUUCACCAUUCUGAUCAAGAACAACAUCCACUACCCCAAAUUCAGAUUCUCCAAAGGGAACAUCAGGAACAACCGGAAUGGCUACCUAAAGCACUGCCUCUACGAUGCCAUCUUAGACCUUUACUGCCCCAUUUUCAAGCUGGGCUUCAUCGUGGAGCAGGCAGGAGAGAACUUCACUGAACUGGCGGAGAAGGGUGGGGUCAUCGGAGUAAUUAUCAACUGGAACUGUGACUUGGACCUGUCGGAGUCUGAGUGCAAUCCCAAAUAUUCCUUCCGGCGGCUGGACCCCAAGCACAUCCAGGCAUCAUCCGGCUAUAAUUACAGGUUUGCCAAGUAUUAUAUCCACAACGGGGUGGCCUCGCGCACCCUCAUCAAAGCCUACGGGAUCCGCAUUGACGUCAUCGUACACGGACAGGCAGGGAAAUUCAGCCUGAUCCCCACCAUCAUCAACCUGGCCACAGCGCUGACCUCCAUCGGGGUGGGCUCCUUCCUCUGUGACUGGAUCUUGCUGACUUUCAUGAACAAGAACAAGAUCUACAGCCACAGGAAAUUCGACAAGAGCUGAGCAGGUUACUGGGGGCACGAAGAGACCGGGCCUUUCCCCUCACCCCCGGCGUCAUCAACCUGCUGAUGGGACCCAGUGCCUUUCGUGGAGCUGGGCCUGGCCCCGAUCCCCAGAGCUGAGGAAUUGUGAUCCCCCCAACUGCCCCGUCCCUCCCUCAGCCCCCUCCUCUCAGGGGCUGCCCUCGAAGCCCACGUAGCCAAAGUGGGAUGAAUCCUGAGCAGAACACAAAUA